AUGCUGCGUCUGCCAGCGCCCAGUGAUAUGUUCAGUGAGGGUUCACCACUCCCCGCAUCGCGGGACAGCACCUCUGUCACCCAGCGCAGUCUUGUCAUGCUGCCGCGUGGGACGUCGUGCAUCGGGCGCGGGGCGUUUGGCACAGUGCGCCUUGGCUGGGUGCAGGAGCGGAAGUGCCGCCGCCGCCGCGACGGCACGACAGCUCCGAAAAUCCUUCUUGGUGCCUGCGCAGCCGUAGCGGUGAAGCGUGUGGCCAUCCCUGACGCCACGAACAUCGCGCGCAGUUACCGACGGGUUCUGCUGCUCCGUGAACUGCGUCUUAUGGAACGCAUCCGUAUGCAUCCGCACCCCAACGUGGUGCAGUGCUGGGGGUUUCUAUUCGGGGCGAAGGAUGGGAGCUCACAGCCUCUCUCCCAGAAAGACGCGACCGACGCCGAGGAGGCCAGCAUGGCCGGCACAGUUCUGACGAGCCUCAGCAAAGAGCGGCAGCCUCUGAAAGGCGAAGCGAGCGAUGAGGAUGACGACGAGAGCCUUGAUGAGGUGGACAAUUGUAUCCUUGACGGUGCUUCUUACGUGGACUUGUGUCUCUCCCUGUGCACUGGUGGAUCGCUGGCAAAUUAUGUAAACCGAAAGGCCACAGAAGCCUCUCGUGGAACAUCAUCAGCAGCAGAUGGUGGUAGUGGAGAGGUGCACACGUUCGCAAGCUCCGGUCCGAAGCUCAAUAUGAGCGCGAACCCCUCUGAAAAAACGGACAUCGAGCCUAUCAGUGCCGAGCACGGCCUAACAGAAGGCAUGACAGGUGAUGCCUCUUCAUGUGUGUGUGGCUACCCCAGUGCUUCACACACAGAAGACUCGCAACCGGUGUUGGGCAGUGGGGAAGUUGAGAUGGCUCAAUCCGAGGCGUCAGAGGCGACGUCUACCAUCAUAACAGCUCAACUCGCAGUUCGAGAGCGGCACAUUGUGGCUGUUGCGUACGCUCUGGUGAAUGCGCUUCGUCACACGCACGAGAUUCUGCGAACUUUGCAUCGUGAUGUUAAACCUUCAAACGUGUUAAUAUGCAGUGGUAUUGGAAAAACCCCAGAGUAUGCGAUGCAGUCCUCCUCAUUUUCUUCAGGGGUCUCGGACAAUGAGUCCAACUUUAAACGUGGCACAAUCGUCCCAAGUGGCGUCGCGUCCCCACGGCGCCGAGGCGGCUCAAAUGCGAGUGAAACAACCAGCAGCAGUGAAGAUUCGGUGGAGUUCUCCCUUUUUUCCGAGCUCCCAGUAUCCGCUGGUGACGUCACGCAGCCAGAAAGGUCAUAUUCGGGCAAGGAGACACCUACAGCAUCCGGGGAGCCUCCACCUGUCUUAGUGGUGCCGCUGAGUGCGGGGAGACAUCGUGCACAGUGCGCUGCGGAGUCUCCACAACCUGUGAACAUCGAGUAUCUCCCACAAGCUGAUGGGUGGCGAAUACAACUGGCAGAUUUCGGCGUCACAACCGGUGUUGGGCGGCUCUCGGGUACAGGCCGGUGUGGCACAUUUCCGUUCAUGGCCCCUGAAGUGGUGGGAAACCGCGCCUGUAUGCACGCGUACGGCACCGCGGCCGAUGUCUACAGCGUUGGAGUGACGCUACAGCAUAUGCUGGUGCACCUUGUUGUGGGAAAUGGCGAGGCGAAUCCAACGGCGCGCAGAUGUGUGGAGGCUCUGGGAGCACAGUGGGUUGACGAAGAUGAUAUUGCCGGACGAUCAGAUGUAUUCCCCGUCACUGCAGCUGGCAUGGCUGAUUCUACAACGGGGGCAGGAGUAUCAGAAAAUGCAACUACAGACGCACGACCGCAAUUUGUGGUGCCGAAUGCUUGGCGCUGUGACAGAGAGCUUGAUGAACAACAAUACAUCCGCAGCGCUCCUCGCGGUUUGGGUGGUCGAAGUGCCAAAACCGCGCAGGACAACACCAAAGAUNAUGCCGAAGAGACGCCUUUAUUCGCUGUUCCCCGCUCGUGGCGUUGUCGCAACGAGCUGCUGGAGGGCGAGUACAUCCGCCGUGGGCAUGCAGCAGACGGGGGUGGCGGCGCCGCGCACGAAUACCUUCUUGCCGACCUGCCCAACAACCCCAGCGAUAUGACGGGACUUCCGCUGCGUGCCCAUAGGAGGAACCGGUGCAAGUCCUGCAGGAGAAUUCACCGCAGCCUCGUCGAGUUGCUCAACGCCAUGACGGAGACACAGCCGUCGCAGCGACCGCCAUUGUCAAAGGUUCUCCAGAGUGCUGCGAUUAUUGAGCAUGGUGAAUUUAUGGGCACAACUAUUUCAUCCCGUUCUCACGGCGGUGGUGACAGUGCCAAUGAGGAUGCUGCGCCACUUUUUCCCAUGGAAAGAAGAGCAGCUGGUGGUCCCUUUAUGCGUGCACGCCAACGGGCGGCGAAGGGCCGUGCCGGUGAUUCGGCAUGGGAGCUUUCCUUCACCACAGCGGGCAAUGCGAAAAACGAGGAAAACAGCAGCAGCAGAAGUAGCAGCAGCGACGGAAAGAAGACACCGUCCCUGCUUUGGCGUCCACCCUCUCUUACCUUCCUUCGGGUGUCCGAUGGUGGAGUUGGGGUACACAGAUUGUAG